UUUGAAGGAACGCCUUGUAAAUAUUGUGRAAAGAAGCUCUAGAUKAGAAAAUGSUCAUUUCUCUUCUGUAAAAGUCAUAAAUUACAAACAUGGAUGAAGAAAGACUGACGAAGGACAUCGAGCAAUACAAGGAGCAGUUUCUUCAAGUACAGAACGUUUUAAAGAUUACUGGAGAAGAAGGMCAAGAAGAGCUCGUAAAGUUAAGAGAUGAUUUAGUGGAACUUAUCCAUGUUUUUGAAGAGAGUUUAUUAUCUUUGAAGAAGAGCAGAUUACUUCAAAUGAUUGAUGACCAAGAAACAAGCCAACCAUCGACUUCAAAUGAGUUAGAAACCGGUCCAUAUAAUGAGGCAGAUGAUUUGAAUAAUCAAGAAGUUGGGGAAGAAGAUGUGAUUGGUACAAAAUGUAGGGUAUCGUACACACAGGAAUGGGGGUUAAGCCAGCAUCACAAUGCCAUGGUAUUUAGUAUCGAGAUACCAGAUGACRAUGAUGAUCAACGUGAUCCAGAUAAAGCAAAGGUCCGAGUCUUAUUUCUAAAUCCAACACAUAUUUCAAUGGUACCAUGUCCAUAUUUUUUGGAUGGAAAAUGUAGGUUUGAUGCUGAUGAGUGCAGGUAUUCGCAUGGAUAUGUGGUAGAUAUUGACCACCUCAAGCCGUUCAGGGAACCAAACUUUAGUGAUAUCAAAGARGGACAUCAGUGCUUGGCUCGAUAUACUGAUGGUGUUUGGUACAAGGCAACAAUUAAAUCAUUUAAUAAAGACCAACAUGAAUUUCUUGUGCACUACGAUACAUACAAUAUAGAUAGCACACUAGGAAUGGAAGCUGUAUUCCCACUUGAUGAGAUUGACUCUCCAGAUGACUCUGAUGAAGAUGAUACAUCAUCACUAUCAAGCAACAGUCUGUCGACCAAUGAUGUUACCAUGGAUGACAAUGACUUGAUUUUGGAAUGGAAACCAAGCGGGACUAGUCUUGGAGACUGGGAGCAGCACACCAGAGGCAUUGGAUCAAAGCURAUGGCAAAAAUGGGAUACAUUUUUGGGAAAGGACUUGGCAAGGAUUGCGAUGGACGAGUUGACCCUGUGGAAGUAGUAGUCUUACCUCAAGGGAAAUCUUUAGAUGUUUGUGCAGAAUUGAGAGAGAAAAAGAGACUAAAAGAACCUUUUAAAAAGAAAAAGAAARGUCUGACAGACCAAGCCAAAACAGCACACAAGAAAGAUGGCACAAGAAAUGAUGUUUUUGCAUUCAUAAAUYAUAAACUUGGCAGUAGUAAAGGUAAUAUUGAAGAUAUAAAAGCUUCUCUCCCACCUGGUAGACAAUUUGAUAUUAAAGAUCAAAAGAGGAAAAAAGCUGUGGAAAGUGACCAGAACACUAAUUGGAAUAUUAAGUUAUUUAAAAUUCAYGAGGAAAUAGCUGCAGCUGAAAAACAGUUAAAGAAAAAGAAACAAGCGCACCAAAGACAAUCAACGGAUAGAAGCACAAGCUCUAUUUUCAAGAAGAAAGURGAGGACAUGGAACAUCACAUCACACAAUUAAAGGAGAAUGAAAAAAUUAUCAAGCAAAAAAUCCAUCAAAAGGACCAGCAUAGAAAGCUGACAGUGUUUUGAGGCUAUCUUUAUUUGAUGUAUAUCAUUGUUUAUAGAUUUGAAUUAAAAUGCUACAAACUCAA